AUGUCUUUGAACCAAGUCUGGGAGGCAGCCUCCGCAAACCCUUACACACCUUUCAUCGCCAAAGACAGCCAGUUCUUCGUCGGCUUCAGCUUGUUGUUGGCCGCUUUAUUCCUGACUGGUCUCUUUGGGUUGAAUCGGUCCUUCUUGAGCAUCGUGUCACUUGGCGCACCGGCAUCUUUGGCAUUUGGCUUUGGAGCGGUUUACAUGAUUUGCGCCGUCGGAGUCUACACAAGACCACUUAGAGUUAUGGCAGACGCAGAACCUAUCUUCUCUGCUGUAUCCAGCAAUGCCCACCAUCUCUAUACUCUGCUUCAAUGCAUCGGCUUUGUGCCACGAGCCACCGUGCAAAUCACACCAGAUGGGAUUCGAUUUUCGGCAGAGGAAGGCCGCGUCAUCCAGGGCCUAGCAUUCUUGGACAAAGCCCUUUUCACCAGCUACACUUUCAACCCACCGACCUCCGAUGCCGAAAAUAGAAACGAAGACUCCGGCGACAAUGACGAUUCCUCAGACACCACAUACUACCCCAAUUUUGUCAUCUCGCUCUCUGCUCUCCUUGAAACACUGAAAAUCUUCGGCGCAAAUGACGCAUCUGCUUCUGGCUCUAGAGCCACCGGUGUCCAGCAAUCAAACCCUUCCGCAUCAAGCGCAUUCACAGCCCCUGCUCUACUUCUCAGUCGCUCUUGCACAUUACAAUAUUUCCAAAAUGGCUCCCCUCUCAGCAUCACUCUGUCCGAAACCGGGGUGAAAACUACUUGCGAGUUGACCACCUACGAACCAGAGGACAGCGACGUCGACAUCCCUCUCCAACGGGACGCCAUUAUCAUAAAGAUCAUCAUGCGCUCCGCCUUACUACACAAUGCCGUCACGGAACUCGGCGCUACAAACCCCACCGCCCUCAGAAUCUCCGCGUCUGCGACACGUGAACCAUUCUUCGCCUUGUCCGGCGUUGGUGGUCCCUUCAGCGAGUCAACGGUUGAAUUCUCCGUCGAUCAGCAGAACCAGGGCAGCGGGGGACCAUCGCAGACUCAUCACAAAGUGCUGACCGACGAUGGGUCGUCCCGGUCACGGGCGAAGCGGUCCAAACUCGCUCCUACCGUCACGGAGACGUUUCUUGUCAGUCCGCCGUCGUCCAUGGGCUCUCGCAUCAGGCAAAACUAUAAUUUUGCGCUCAUCCGUAAAGCGAGCCGUGCCAUGGCUGUUGCCAACAAGGUUAGUAUUCGGGGCGAUAGACAGGGUGUACUGAGUCUGCAGUUCAUGAUUGAACUCGAUGACAAUGCCCCCGGUGGUGUCGCCAGGUCUUUUGGAGGAGCAGGGGGUAAAGUGACUUUUGUGGAUUUUCGUUUUGUGCCAUUGCUUGAUGAUGAAGCCGAAGAGGCCGAAGAGGACGCAUAG